AUGGUCCUCGAAGCGGUCAUGAUCGUUGUCGACAACAGCGAACACAGUCGCAAUGGAGACUACGCGCCUACUCGUUUCGGAGCGCAGAGGGACGCUGUCAAUAUCCUCUUCCAGUCGAUCACGACAAGCAACCCAGAGUCUUCCGUUGGUCUCAUGAGCAUGGGUGGCAACGCACCAGAGGUCCUCAGCACGUUGACGACAGAGCAAGGUCGUAUCCUCGAGGGCCUGCACCGGACGCAGAAGAAGAUUGGUGGUGAGGUGAACCUAGCUACGGGUAUCCAGGUGGCAAGUCUCGCCCUCAAGCACCGACAGAACAAGACACAGCGGCAACGCAUCGUCGCCUUUGUGUGCUCGCCCGUCCAAGACACCGAGAAGACCCUGGUCAGCCUGGCCAAGAAGCUCAAGAAGGUCAACACAUCGGUCGACUUCGUGCUGUUCGGCGAGACGGAGGGCAGCGAGACGUACGGGAAGCUGACUAAAUUCAACGAAAUUGUCAAGUCCGGUGAGGGCUCUCAUCUGGUGGCGAUCCCCGCAGGCGUGGGCCUUCUGUCGGAUCAGCUGGUCAGCUCUCCAAUAAUGCAAGGCGAGGGCGGCGCCGGCGUUGCCGGGGCCGGUGCAGAUACCGGCAACGACUUUGGCGAGUUUGGCUUCGACCCCAAUAACGAUCCGGAGCUGGCACUCGCCCUGCGCAUGAGUAUGGAGGAGGAGCAGGCCCGCCGGGACAAGCAGGCCCGUGAGGAGGCAGAAGCGGCGCAGAAGGCAUCGUUGGAGUCGGUCAAGGAAGAGGAUGAGUCGUCGAAGCCGUUGUUGGAUCAGAACGGCGAGCCAAGCGGCAGUGGUGCCUCGAAAGAAGACAAGAAGGAUGGCGACAAGAGUGA